AUGACGUGUCAAAAUGGCUGCCUUGGAGAAAGUGAAGAUAUUAGUUGUUGGGGAUUCAGGCGUUGGAAAGACUUCCUUAGUUCAUCAUAUUUGCCACAAUGAAAGUCUUUCAACCCCAGGAUGGACAAUAGGUUGUACAGUGGAGGUAAAACUAUAUGACUACAAAGAAGGUACGCCAGCAAUGAGGAGCUUUUUUCUAGAGUUUUGGGAUGUUGGAGGCUCUGCCAGCCACGAGAACAGCCGUUCAAUAUUUUAUAAUGGUGUCAAUGGAUUGAUUCUGGUUCACGAUUUGACAAACAAAAAGUCAUUUACAAAUCUAAGAAGAUGGCUCGCAGAGGUGUUAGGUUCUGGCAAAGAAGGCAACAGUGUCUUGAGUGCCAAGCAGCAAAAACUUUCUAACAAAGACAGUUGGUUUGAGUUUUCCAUUGAUAUAGGUGAGGACUAUGACUCCGAGCAGUUUGCAGGAAACCAGAUUCCUGUCAUAAUUGUCGGCACUAAGCUAGAUCAAGCUGGAACGGCAAGAAUUCUACAUUCAUCCCGGGGAUUAAAUCUUGCUGAAGAAAUUGGAGCUGACAUGAUGAAUCUCAACUGUACAGAUGUCAAACAACUUAAACCAGGAUCUCACAAUGCCAGAAAAUUGUGUACAUUUUUUGAUAAAGUAAUAGAAAGGCGUUUUUAUUCGCGUGAAGUGCCCCAAUUUCAGCAGUCAUUUGGUACAGAAUCACCAAAGUCUUAUGACAGAUCUAGUAAGCGCAAAAUUGUUUGAACACUUGAAUAAGAACUGCGCUAUUGAUUACAGUAACAUUAGUGAGCUCUGUAAUAGUAGCUAAAUAUAUUGUAGAGGGUUUAUUUUGGAGAUCUCCAGUUGUCUGUUUUGUUUACUGAUGACAUAGCACAUUCAACUGGUACAAGAACUUGUACUUGUUUCUCAGACUGUCAGUGAUAUUAAUGUAUUAAAAUAAAGAGAUGAGGCUCAAUUUAAAACCUUGUUUUACCUUUAUUGCGCCUUUCCAUUUCUGUCAGUUGUUUGCUCAGACUCCUCAGAGAGAGAAGAGUUGGCAUCCUAACCAAAUUGCUGUCAUUAGUACAGCUGAGGACAAAAUUCUCCUACGCUGUUCAGCGUAACCUACUACAAGUAGUCGCAUCAGCACCUAUACAAGGGUAUACAUUACUUUUUGGGGGAGACACUUUUAUCAUGAUAGCAUUACCUAAUCAAAAAAAUGAUAGUUAAUAUAAAAAUAGGAAAAAAAACAGGCCUGAAAAAGGUUUGGGCUCCCUUGUUGGAGCAUGAAAAUACCAACCUCUCGUCUUACCAACUCCUUUCAGUACUUAGAGAUUCCCUUUCAGAACCAAUGAAAAAGAAGUAGAAACUACUAAGAGGAGAAAUAUGGAUAUGCAACAAAAUCUAGAUAUUGAACACACGUUAAUAUAAUUAAUAA